UCACACUCAACAUCGUCGUCGAUGGCAACAACUACAGAUAAUGCAGCCCAGCUUAUAUUUGCACCAAAUGUCCUGCACAAUCAAGCGUUAACAUCUGUCAAAUUCCUAUCCUUUUGCUUCGCCGGUGCAGUUGCAGGAAUCCUCGGACUAGAGAACUGGCUGGGAUUCGCACUCUUUAUAGCAUCCAUCGUUUCAACCUCAUUUAUCAUUUAUGCCAUAAACUGCAGAGGGAAACCCGCAAAAUACCUGCCUGGUGGACUUGGGGAGCUGGUGAACCCUGGUCAAGAUAACAUCUUUACAUUUAUUCUUGUAUGGACAUUGUUUUACGGCAUUAUACAUGUGUAUGACUGAACGGACAAUUCGCUUUUCCGUCCGAUGGUUCAGACCUUUAUCCACGUGUGUCAUUCCUUAUCGUUUUGGGAAUGAGCUUAUCGAUGAGCACUAUUGUAGUUUGCAUAC